ACAAACAGGGAGCGCGUUCUCUCCAGAAGAAGUAGAAGAAAGUGCAGCCGUUCUUUGAAAGCUGUGUUGCCUUUCGUUCGCGCAACCUUCGAAGAUUAUCUCGUUGAAGCAUGGGCGACGAGGACGAAGAUGAGGAUGAGGAGGAUAAAGGAGGCGACGGAGGGGAUGGAGGUGACGGAGGCGGAGGCGGAGGAGGAGGAGACGACAAGAAACAGUUUCGAAAGGCUAUGGACUCCAUCAUGGUACAUCGAACCAACAGGGGGCCAGCUCAGCGCAAUGAGACAGAAGUAAAGUCACCGCAGAAGACCAUAAUCGCCGUAGUGGGUGUUGUUGGUCUCCUGUUGGUCGUUGGUGGGGCUGGUAUCUUCCUUUUUCUCAAGCUCAGUGCAAAAGCCACCACCACCACCGCCGCGGUUACUACAACCACCGAACAGGACUCUGGCAACAGCACCAACAGUUCCGAGACUACCGUCCAUCGGCGAGCCAAGGUCCACAAUACCACUGUGAUGUUUCUCUUGCGAAAUCGGGACCCUCCCGUGAAACCACUUCGUCAACAACAAACGAAACCUCGCUCUGAAGUGGAUCACAACAUGGUCUUCGCCGAAGAAUUGGACGAGCCUGAGGAGAUUGAUGAACGAUAUGUCGAGGAGCCACACAGCCUAUCCGUCGUGGUGAACGACACGCUGAUGGCACUGGAUCUCGGGGACGAUACGGGAGGAAUCCCUGGCAGUGUGAAGUAGAAGAUUCCUUCAUCGCCAACAUUGCGAGCCGGGAGAGCUUCUUCAGUCUCCAGCUGGCGCCUCACACACGUUACUGCACUUGUGUUGCAUACCACAUAACCAGUUUAGUCUGUAUAACGACCUGAAUAAUAGCCUGAUUCAACUCGCUUUACAUCAUCCCAAGGUGUAUAUCACAAUGUAAUUCCCAUAAUAAACAUGAAACCUUAAGUGUUCCU